AUGGCAGAUGCAGAUGAAGACGUUAUCCCUCGUGGUCCAGACGUCGGCGAUAUCGAUCUAUCAGACGAGACACAAGACUUCCGCUUACUCUUAAACUUCUCUGGUGAUGACACAAAAAUCCCGAAAAGAGGCGAGAAGGACUUUGAGCCCCAUCAUACAAAUAAACAAUCAGAUGCUUUGACCGCAUCAAGAGAUGCUAUGCACAAUGCACUUUCGUUUCAGCGUGUCCAUCAACUCAAGAAGCAUGUUCUGGCUUAUUACCACCCAGGGACGAAUAUGGCAUAUACAGAAGACCCUAAAGGACCUCUGUUCAAAAACAUGGGCAAAGUCUUCCCUGGCAAGGAAGAUCCACUCGGACCUCGUACCGCUGGAGAAAACAGAAUUUGGCUACUACCAGAAGAAGCAAUCUACUUGCUCGAAAGAGGUACGAUUGAUGUCAGAUGGCCGCUGGACGACGACGACGACAACAGUGAAGAUGGCGAAGGCCUCCCCAUGAGUCUUCAAGGUGCGUAUGCCGCAUUUCUGGGCAUGGAAGGCAAUAGCGACGGUGCCCUGACUUUCGAGAGAUACUCUGUAUACGCAGGUUUGAAAAGGUCAGGUUACACAGUCCACCGAGCUCCAAGCUGGGAUGGUACAGGCGACCAACCGGGAGAAGAGUGCUAUCCGAUAGUGCAAGGCACCCUAUGGAAUCUGGGUCUGCUGAGAGACAAAUGGCGAAGCCUGUUCAUUGACCGAGCUGCAACACAAGCAGAACAGAAAGUUGGUCCGUUGGUAAAAUCAGGAGUCUACCGCAACUAUGGUAUGUGCCAGUUGUUCAAAUGUACAAGUCAUCCUACUAACCUGUUCANNGCUGAAAUCUAUCGUCGCCUUGCGAUUGUCCCCAGUUACGACCCAGCAGCCAGGAAAAGGAACUUUACAGAGACGACAGACCCUGCAUUCAGGAUUACAUACCACUUAUGGAAGCCUGGCUCAGCGACAUACAAGAAGAGCGACCCCGGUACACCUGACUUCCGCAUUGCGGUUGUCGAUGCUCGAGAGACGACUUUCCCAACACUUGCCCAGCUGAGUGCUCUGAUCGACACACAACCAUACCAGCCACCCCGCCCAGAUGCGCAGUUGUAUCAGAAGUUGCGUAAUGGGUACAAGAGUGUGAUUUUGGCUGUUGUGGACCAGGGAGUUACCAGUUACUUGAGACUGGCAGACGCUGGGUUCUCUAGGGAGAAGUUGUUCGAUCGCAAACCGCCAGCUGCGAGAAAAGGUGGCAAGGGUGGAAACUGGAAGAAGAACAAGCGAUAG